AUGGCAAAAUCUUGUGGAGUGCAUAUGACCCUUUGCGCCCCCUUCUGGUUGGGUGUUUGUGUGGAGAAUGCAUUGAUUUCUUCCUCCAGUCAACCAGACGAAUUUCUGGGGCAUAAGUGGUGGAUUUCAUCUGAGACCAAUGCUCGGGGAGAAAUUCAAAAAAGGAAUAAAAGAUUGAUUGUUCCCCGUCAAGAUGUUUUACCUGCUCCUGAAGUAACUAAGGCAUUUGAAGUUCCCUCGCCGGCACCUCAAGCAGCGCAGAAAUCCCGUAGAAAAGGAAAUCGAAACUCAAAGAAAAAAGGAAAUGGAAAUGGGAAAGAUGAGAUGACAAAAGUGCACAAAAGUUUCAGCGAAACUGACAAAACGCUAAAGAAACAAAACAAAAUGAAGAAAACUAACACGGUAGUAAGUGCUUGCUAUCUAAAACUGAGCACCUAA